GCACAGAAUAAACAAAUGUCGCUGCAGAGAGGAUUUGAGUCCACUUGGAUCACAACUCGCUCCCGUGCCCCGUUUUUGCAGCUCAUCCACCUCACCUCAGUCCAUUAUAUCCGCUCCCCCGCCCCCCUCCACGCCACCAUGAGGACCGCCGUGGUGGCUGUUGCCAUGGUGAUGUUGUGUACAUCGAUGGCGAGCAGGGAUGUGAGGCCGCAGAGGGAUUUCAACUUGCAGAGGUUUGCAGGUAGGUGGUACCGCGUGGGCCUGGCGUAUGACUCGGCAAGCUUUGUCCCAUACAGAGACAAAAUGAAGGUCUCCCUGGGUGUCGUCACAACGCAGGCAAACGGCAACGUUAAUCUCACAAUGUGGGACGCCACGCCUGCAGGAUGUCAAAGUAAAAUGUACUACUAUGAGAAAGCAAAUCUUCCAGGACAAUUUACAUACUUUAGUACACGUCACAACAUGGUGAAGGACAUCACUGUUGUGGACACAAACUACAGUGAAUAUGCAGUGGUGCUCAAACACAAAGUGUUUCAUAGAGAGUACACCCAGGUGGCCCUCUAUGGUCGCACACCCAGGGUGAGGGUUGACGUCAUUCAGAAGUUUAAAGCCUUCGCUUUAUCUCGAGGAUUUCCAAGAGAAGCCAUUCUCACUCCGCCGCUAGCAGACAAUUGCCCUCCAUCACCUUCUGGAUAAGUCCCUUGUUGCUUCUCCAUUGUAUUGACUUGGCCUUUUACCUGCCAUCAGUUACUGUAAACACCUCUCUUUCAAUAAUAACCUGACUAUGAGAAUGAUGAUGUAAACAAAUCUGCUGGUUCACAUUCCCAUGAAUAAAUCAUUUACAGAUUACAACACUAUC